CACAAUACAUAAGAGGUUAUACGAGAUACGAUUACGUUUUUGUCAUCCCAUUCUUUCGUCCAUUAUUGGAACCAACCGAAGAUACGGUUCACAGCAUUUUCCCUUUAUAGAGUUUAGGGCAAUGCCUGCUGAUUAUCUGGGACAUUAUAGAUAACACCUCGCCUCGCACGAUGGCGUUGGCCGGCGGCUUCGCCCCGGUCGAAACACCGCGAGUCCUUGACGUUCGCGAUUUUGCGCAGGCUAGAGAAACAGAGCUUCGCUACUUGCUACAAACAGUACGGCAGGAGGUUGGCGAGAGCCGCUUUGGCGCUCCCUUCUUACCGCGACACCUACGCAGGCGCGCCACAAGCCAUCGCCGCUUCGUCGUUAAGCGGCGCCCCAACCACCGCCUAGCGUCACUUUAUGGCCCAACAUCCUCUGAGUCUCCUGCUGUGGAGGCGGGCGAUGGACGCAGCGGCGAGGGUGCUGGCCUGAGCACAGCCCAGCCGGGAGGAGCAAGGUCAGGCCGCCGCGUGCGGCCACGUGUGGCUGAUGAGCCGCCGAACGCUGCUGACUUGUGCAGUGCUGCUGCGGGUGUCGUGGCUGCUGCUGUGGGCGACAGAGGGGAUGACUCGCAGCCCAGCACUAGCGGCAGGGACGCCUUCACCUCCUCAGCCCCUCAGCGCCCAGUGAAUCGGGCCAUGCGGCGCCGCGGCGCACGUCUGCAGGCCGCCAUCGAAGCCGCCUGCUGCUCAGUGGACAUGGUACCGCCAGCCCGGCCGGCAGGUCCGCCGGAUGCUUCCGCUGAGGCCUCUCCGCUGCCCAGUGAGCCUACGGGGGUGCACGGCGCAGGCCCCGAGGAGGGCGCUCCGCGGCCGGAGCUGCGGCGGCUUGAGACGCACGUGUGGCACGCCCGGCGCAUGGAGAUGGAGCAAAGGUGGGGCCACGUGCUGCCUGCCCAUGCGGUGGGUCGGGGUCGCGGCAGCCGCUCCCUGCUAGCGCAGCUGCGGCGCGGGGUGCUGCUGCAUGACGCCAGCUACGAGGGCUGCGUGGAGCUUCGAGGGCACCAGCGGGAGCUGGCGGCGCUGCUCAAGAGGGUCAGCGAUCCGGUUCGGCUAGAUGAGCUGCUAGACCGGCCUGAAGUCAUCAGCGGUGCCGCCGAGUGGCCCAUCUUUCUGCAUCGCCCCGGCGCCUUUCCGGGUUCGCCGCUGGCGCCUGCUCGCGCCUUGUGGCUGACGCCGGUGUGCGCGCAGCAGCCGCGGCAGCCUGCGGACCAGCAUGCCGCUCCUCAGCUCGACGGUGCUGCUGGCGCUGAUGCUGGUGCUGGUCCUGGUGCUGGUGC